AUGAACAAAAACAACAAAAUCACACGGGAGCACACGUCUGAGGCAGCCCUGGUCGGCCCCAUGAUGCAUCAGUGUGACAAGAAACGAGGCAUGGUGUGUGUGGGAGACUGUUUCAAACAACUGCUGGAGGUCAGACGGGUCAAUGUGUGCCUGGGGACCAGAGUUUCCAGAAUGUUAAAGAUCUGGAAGAUGUGGCAUAUGCGCCGUCGCUCCAGGACAAUCUGUCUAGUCUUGGCUUUCAUCACCAUUUCCCUCCAUCUCCUCUUUGCGCUUGUUUCUUUUUCUAUUAACCACCAGCCCUGUGACCCCCCACUAACACCCAGGACACAUAUCCUGAGAAACCUGGCAAACACCAACUACACCUCUGUGGGGAUCAGUGGUCCGGCUCAGCCACCAACUGACUCCUCACAAAGAGAUUCUUCCAAUAAGGAUGCCAAAGGUCGUGUGCAAAUGCUUACAACCAUUGUGAGUCGUUACAGCACCAACAGAAGUGAACUUUUGGAGUCUGGGUUGUCAAAACUGAAGGCGCUGUUUGACCAUCCUCUUUGCAACAUCCCGGGCUCUCCUAUCCCUGAGGAAGACUGGCUGCUGAAAGUGAUACCAAAGGUCAAGGCUAGUGAGAAAAGCUCCCAGAUGUGCGAGGAACACUAUGAGAACGUCCAGCGGAGCAGCAACAGCAACAGCCACCCUCCCUGGCUUCGCUUCCACCUGGGCAUUUCCCGCUGGCAGCUCUACCCUCAUCAUGACCCCAACAUGGAGGCUCUGACCCAGCAACUUGCCACACACCGUGUCGUCAGUGCAGUGCAGAAGUCUGGGGGGACGCAACUGAAGCUGGUGAUGUCAUUUCCCAACUAUGGAAAAGCGAUGGUCAAACCCAUGAAGCAGGAUAGAAAUGAUGAAACCAACUACAACCUCUACUACUUCUCAGACUUUGAGAGACACAAUGCAGAAAUCGCAGCUUUUCACCUGGACAGGAUUUUGGGCUAUAGGAGAGUCCCUCCCGUGGUCGGGAGGCUGGUAGAUGUGGUCAAGGAAGUCAAAGAGGUCACUACCGACCACAAGCUGGCUCGAACCUUUUUUACCUCCCCUGUGGGAAAUGUGUGUUUUUAUGGCCAGUGCUCCUACUACUGUUCCACAGAGCAUGCUGUGUGUGGCCGCCCCAGGAACCUGGAGGCUUCCUUAGCGGUAAUGCUGCCAGAUAUCUCCCUUGCGGCACGGAGGGCCUGGAGAUCCCCCUGGAGACGCUCCUACAGCCGCAGCAAGCUGGCAAAGUGGGAGACAGAACCAGACUAUUGUUCGAAAGUGAAAAAGACUCCGCCAUACAACAAAGGCACCAGGCUGGUGGACUUCAUGGAUAUGGUGAUACUGGACUUCCUGAUGAGUAACAUGGACAGGCAUCAUUAUGAAACAUUUGAGAAGUUUGGGAACAGAACUUUUCUGCUGCACCUUGACAAUGGGAGGGCAUUUGGGCGUCACUCCAAAGAUGAGCCUUCUAUCUUAUCUCCACUAGAACAGUGCUGCAGAAUUCGUCGCUCCACAUGGCUACGCCUGCGUCUCCUUUCUCUGCCUCAGUAUCGUCUCAGUGAUGUCAUGCGAGCCUCGCUCUCCAAUGAUCCGCUUCAUAGUGUGGCUCCACUGUUGUCAGAGCCCCACCUUGCUGCUCUCGAUCGGCGUUUGAAAACUGUCCUGGAGACUGUAGGUCGUUGCCAAAAGCAACGGCAGGAGAGUGGCGAUCAUCGUGAGGUUAUCUAUGAUGAC